GUGGGAGUAAGAAGAAGGCUGGUUCCAGCCGGCGGUCAGCUGUUGAGACCGGGACGGGUAAGGACGAUGACGUGGACUACGAAUGGAUUCCCAAAUCCUCUCUCCGUACUCCCGGCAGCGGGAAAACAUCUCCCCGCCAGCGGAAGAACCGUGGUGCUGGUUCUGACACGGAUUGAUCUCUCCGAUACUGCUCAGGACCUGCAGCUCACUCCGGAGAUGCAAUCUGAAUCCUACACAAUCUCCUUCUAUCCUUCUCCUCUUAACCUUCCUUCUCCACAACUCAUAUCUUUGCCGUUGAGUUUCCUGUCUUCUCAAUAUGCUACCUUUACACUAGUAUCAAGGUUUUUCAACACGUGCUUAAUAUUUAAACCAUUUGUUUAAGCCCCCAAACUCUUUUAUUUUAACUUUCUAAAUACGGGGGUUUGGGGGCUCGGGUUCAGUAAUGAGCUCUACUGUUAUGCGUUGUUCGUGUUAAACUAAUUUAUUUGUAGAACGCGCCUUGUGAAAAAUAAAGUAUGCAUUUUCAAUUUA